AUGAGAGGAAUACAGUCAUCAUCUUCAUCAUCCCAAAAUACUAAUAAUGGUCAACAACAGUAUUAUCAUCAUACAAGUAUGAUAUCAUCACCCAGUACAUUGUUCAAUCAUAAUGUUAAUCAUGGUGUUGAAAAACAUGAUUCUUCCACUUCAACUGCUUCUAACAAUAAUAGACUUUGUAACAAUAAUAACAAUAACAACUACAAUGGAAUAAUAGAUGAAUCAACAUUUAAUGAAAUGACAGCAACCUCACAGAAUAACAUUAUUACCUCGCGGAGUACAAUAAGCUUGGCUCAACCUCCAGUGAAUAGCCUGGUCGAUGAUAAUCAAAUCAUCCUCAAUCAACAACCAAAGGAGCAAUCAAUUGAGCCACCAGAUAGUCAUGGAACUGAAAAUAAGACUGGCACAUUACAUAAUCCUGAAGAAUCAUAUCCUCUCCUCCACAAAUGUGCAAAGGCUAUUAAGAAACUCUUCUCCCUUAUUCCCUCACUAUUCACAGUGAUGAAUGUGCUCGUGUUGGUCUUUUUAUUUCAGGCUGCCAUAUCAAUAGGAACAACCUUUGGAGUUUUAUUUAGUGCAGGAGAAACCACGGCUAGACAAGUUGUCUUAUUGCAACACUCUGUGGUCUAUCAAAAAUUAUCGAAUGAGGUUCAUUACUUUGUUAAUCCAGCAGGCUUUAUUACUAAAACUCUGCAUGGGGAAUUGGUAGCUCUUGGAGUCAAUCCUUAUAAUUUAACAAGAUGGGCAAGGGUAAUGUCAAUGACUGGUUCAUAUACGGACCACUUGGAUUAUAUUUACUUUGGAAGAGCUGAUAAUAUGAUAGUUCUUUACGCAAAUAAGGGUACAGACAGAUUUACACUGAUACCUUGCAUCCAAACAAAUAUUACAAACCCAUCUGAUCUCACAGACAAGACUUUCUGCAAAACAUCACAUUUGAGAUAUGAAAUUGUGGAUAAUGUCAUUCAAACAUCAAGCUACAAGUUUCAGAAUUUUUCAUUCAAUAUUUUAGUUAGACCUUGGUUUAAGGCUAUUACAGACAGUGUGAAUACCACUAGUUUUGAUUUUCCUCCAUCCAAACAGUAUACUGUGUGGAGUGACAUUUUCAAAUCCGAGUCAAGACUCUCAAUUACUCAGUCAUUGCUUGUGAGAGAUCAAACAAGUGGAAAGUUUGUUGGUGUGGCUGGUAUUCAGUACCUUACAAAAUCUAUUUCAGAUUUUCUCAAUUCAACCACUGAGCCCGGUAAUACAGUGAUUAUUCUAGACAAGUCUAAUCACGUGUUGGCAGCCUCCAUUAAUCACAAGGCUUCCAAAGUCUUAAAUGAACCACAGUCCAUUCAGACAUUUCCACAAGACUUUAGUAAUGAGACUAUUUACUAUGAAAUUUUCAAGUUAAUGCAAGCAUAUAACUUUUCCAAUUUCUCCUCCGUUAAUGGUGAAUCAGAUAGUAGUAGAGUACUUAGUGGUGAUAUUUCAGUGAACGGAAAUGACUAUUAUUUCAGUGCUAACUCCUUUCUAAUUCAUGGCCUAUUUGUAAAGGUCAUUAUUAUUACUGAUCACACUGGUUUCCUUACGUAUAUUAUUAAUACGAGCUUGAUAUCAGUAAUCGUUCUAAUCUUGUUGGUUAGUUUAGGAACUGUUGUACUGAUUAUCAUUCUUAAAACCAUCACCUAUCCCCUACAGAGAUUGAAUAAGAUUAUGAAUAAUAUUUUGAGAUUGGAUGGUACCAGAACUUUGGUGGUAGAUACAACGAGUGUCUUUCAUGACAUUAGAAAGAUGGAAAGCUCUGUGGAAAAGUUUAGAAAAUCAAUCUUUUACUUUUCCUUAUUUUGUCCCGAAUUGGUAGUCAAGUCAGUGUUGAAAUCAUCAGAGACAGAACCGAUGUUCCCAAUGAAAAAGCAACAAAUGACUAUGAUGAUUGUCGAUUUGGAGGAUGUUGGUGAAAUUCAGUCAGUUGUUGGCUCUGAAUACUAUUGCCAAAUUUUAAAUUCUAUCAUUUCAGAAAUAACCGGAGCUGUUCACGCCAAUGAUGGAUUUGUUUUUGAUUUGAGUGUUGUUAACGGUGUCAAGUUGUAUGCCUUGUGGAAUGAUAGUAGCCUUCCAGUGGAAAAUCAUGAACUGAAAGCUUGUGUUACUGGAUACGAAGUUCAGCAAAUACUUCAAGAAAAAAUUGAGGUAAUCAAACAAUUUGAAUGCAGAGGGUCAACUUUCUCAUUCAAAAUUGCUAUAUCCAGUGGUAAAAUUGUUCUGGGAUAUACUGGCUCAACAUCGAGCAGAAUUAAUUUUUCAUGCUUUGGUGAAACUGUUGCUAUUUGCAAUUACAUGAUUUCAAGGUCGAAACCAAACAUUGUAGUCAUGUCUGAGGAAGUAUAUUUUAAGGUUAAGGAUAUGUUUUUGUGUUACUAUCUAGCUACUCUACCAUAUAAGGAAUCAGCUAGAACAAGGAAUGAGAAAAAUCCUGUUAUUGAUAGAUUGAAUAUUUAUUCGGUUGAAAAAUGGAUGAAGGAAUCAAAUUCAUUUGAGCAACAUAUUGGUAACAAGUUGGGUGAAUUACUUUUAUUGAGAAACUCUUCAAAUAAUAUUUCGUUUGAAAGUUUGAUUGACAAUUCUGUACAUGCAAGAAGGCUUCUGACAGAAAUUACUGACUUGGGUUUUGAGGGUCUUUGGAGAGAAUAA